ACUCUCUAACCAACUCCACCAUCUCAACUUCACUGACUCUCGACCCACUAGAUGAAUCAUCAUUAUCAACUUCCACACAUUUUCAGUAAACAAUCUCUUGUAUGUAUUGCUGUUAAAUAUUUGCCAUUUGUAUUGUUGACAACCAUAAAGAGGCGUUCCAUUACAUGGGGACAAAUUCGACUCUGGAACUCCCUCUACACUACAGACUAGAGUCCCCUUUUAUCUAGUUCUCUCGUCAACUUAAUUCUAAGCCAUACUUCAUCAUCUCUCCACUUCCCUUAUUCUCGAAAGACUGUUGUUAUUAUACAAUCCAUUUGGGGUCGUAAAGUCCUUCCCAUUUGAAUAGUUAAUUUGCAUCAGUUGAUUUUCCUUCUGAGUUUUAUUAAAAGAAAAACGAAUAAAUCUCAUACAUUCUAAACAUUGAAGUAUUGAAAUAUGAGUUCCAACUCUACAAACUACAUGCGACUACUGUCUUUAACGAAACAGUUAACCUCUUACGUGAACCAAGGUCGUCACUUGGACGCCCUCUCUCUCUUCCACACCAUGCAAACCUCUCCAUCUCUCACUCUCGACCCUUUCGUCUUCCCUCUCGUUCUCAAAUCCUGCGCUGCCAUCCACCGCCCCCGACUGGCCUCCUGCAUUCACGCUCACGCCACCAAGUCAUCUCUCCUCUCCAACCAAUUUGUCGCUUGCGCUCUCAUCGACAUGUAUGGCAAAUGCUUCUCCAUCUCUCUGGCCCGCAAGUUGUUCGACGAAAUCCCUCAACGAAACGCCGUUUCUUGGAGUUCCAUGAUUUCUCUCUACACGCGCUACGGCCGUAUGGAUGCGGCGUUGGCGCUGUUCCAAUCUAUGGAUGUUGAGCCAAACGAGUCCACGUUUAAUGCCAUCAUAGCAGGUUUGACUGAAGUGGGAGAUGGCCCUUCUAAGGCUAUUGGAUUUUAUAGAAGAAUGCAGGAACUGGGUUUGAGGCCGAAUUUGAUUACUCUUCUUGCUUUAUUACCCGCUUGCGUCGUCUUAGCUGCAUUGAGUUCGAUUAAAGAAAUUCAUGGCUACGCGUUUCGAAGCAACAUAGAAUCUCACCCGCAGUUGAGAAGUGGUUUAGUGGAAGCUUACGGGCGAUGUGCAAGUCUUGUUAACGCUCGAAAUGUAUUCCAAUAUAUGAAAGAAAGAGAUGUAGUUGCUUGGAGUAGUUUAAUAUCAGCUUACGCUUUACAUGGUGAGGCAAGGGCUGCACUGGAAGUUUUUAAACAAAUGGAGUUGGCGAAAGUGCGGCCUGAUGACAUUACUUUUCUCGGAGUAUUAAAAGCGUGUAGCCAUGCUGGAUUAGCUGAUGAAGCAUUGGGUUAUUUUGAUAGAAUGAGAAUAGAUUACAAAGUUGAAGCAAGUGCUGACCAUUAUUCAUGUUUAGUUGAUGCAUUGAGCAGAGCAGGCAGGUUGUACGAGGCUUAUAAUGUUAUAAAAGAAAUGACUAUGAAGCCAACUGCGAAGACUUGGGGAGCACUACUUGGUGCUUGUAGAACUUAUGGAGAAGUAGAGUUGGCUGAGAUUGCUGGGAGAGCUUUGUUUGAGAUAGAGCCAUCUAAUGCAGCCAAUUAUGUGCUGUUGGCUAAGAUUUAUGCUAGUGUAGGAAGAUAUGAGGAAGCUGAGAGAAUGAGAAUGGAAAUGAAGGAAAGGGGAGUGAAGGUAGCUCCUGGUAGCAGUUGGAUUUGAAUCAAGACCUAGGAACUUUGGUGGAUUUUUCUGUUGCAGCUUUAAAGAUUAUCAUUGCCUUGUUAGGAUCUUGGUGAUGACUUCUUGUUUAGCUCUACCUAUGCUAAUUCACCAUUCAAAGAAGCUUUUUUGAGGUGAACGAACAAUGGAAGGCAUAGCUAGCCGGAGUUGGCUCCCAAUGCCAUAUUAGGUGCAAUUUUGGACAUUGGAAUCCAUAUUGCUGCUAAGCUGACUGGUUUCUGGCAUUUGAUAUGGAUGAUAAUAUGAAGGCAGAUAAACGUUUGGCUGUUUCCAAAUGACCAAUGUGCACACGCUUUUACUUUGUUAUUGUUCCAAUAAACCUUUAAUAUUAUGGUUUCGGUAUCAAGUUACCUAUCCUCCCUCGAUUAUCCAAUGUACAAAAAGGGAUAUAUAUACAAACUCUACUAUUUCUGAACCGUUUAAAUAGUAGCAGUAUACGAUAUCUCUUCUUUUUAAUGAAACAGAGAGAAUAUUAGAAGCCAUCACCUGCACAGCCUCCUAUUAACAAAAUUUCUUUGGAGGUUCAUACCUCAUGGCGUGCAGUAAAUCUCUGAAGUCUCCAUGUUCUAGCACAUGAUGAGUGGCUCGACAGAGUAAAGGUCAUUUCAUGUUGGCAAUGGCGCCCCAACAUCAUCAUCAUCAUCAUCAUCAGACAAUAUCACAAGACAAGGGCACACAUGUUCCUUAAUUUCAUAUUAGAGAUUCUUGUAAUAUUUUCAGACUGGAGCAUAGCAGCAGCAAAUUGCAUCCUUUUUAUUUCGGUCUCUCCAUCAUAUGUUCUUUGCAGCAGCUUUCCGGACCCUUUUCAAACAUUGGACCUUCACAAAUAUAUGAACAGUGUUUCUAUUGAAACUAUAGAUUGUGGGAAA